AUAGUGCCACACAGCAAAUUCAAUUUCUAAAUGAGUAAUAUUAUAUGUUGUUUAAAUAUAUAGUUAAUUUUUAGUGUUUUUAUAACUUUGUUACCUAAUAUAAAUAAGGUACAUUUGAUAAUAAGAAUUUUGUAACAUGUCUAUACAUUGUUACACUCCUACCACAGUAUCCAAUCAUAAAACUACUAGCGAUGCUUGGAUCAGCAUUCAUGGAAAUGUAUAUGAUAUUACAAAUUUUAUUACAGUGCACCCGGGAGGUGAAGAAGUUCUUGUCGAAGCAGCAGGAACAGAUGCAACAUUAUGUUUCGAUAGUAUUGGACACUCAGAUGAAGCUUACAAAUUAAUGAACGAUUUAAAAAUAGGAAAGUUGUCUUCAAAAGAUGAACACCCCGGUGGUGAAGAGGUCCUGUUGGAACAAGCCGGCAAGGAUGCAACCGAGGAGUUUGAAGAUGUUGGACACUCGAGUGACGCACGCGAAGUCAUGCAAAAAUACAAGAUUGGAGAACUUAUAGAAGAGGAUAAAAGACAAAAUAAGAAACCCGUGAAGAAACCAACACCUGCAUCGUCAAGUGCAUCUGGAGAUGAUUUUAGUCUUUGGAAAUCGUGGUUGCUGCCUUUGACAAUGGGAGUGCUCGCUAUCUUCGUUUACCGAUACUUUAUUGCUUCAUAAAAGAUUAAAGUCAUUUAAGUUUAUCAUAAAGUUAUUAUUGUCAACCAAAAUUUUGGGUUAACUCACAAAUAUUGUCUUUUGUGUUUUUUGUCAGUGGUCAAUCAUUAAACUACAUUCCAAUCUGUGUUUACUGUUUA